CUUUUAUCCUCAAAGCAGACGAAAGAUGACUUGUCGGCUCGAACGCCGAGAAUUUUGACGAUUGCAGUGCACUUUAUCGCAUUUGUAAUUUAUUUAAUUAGAGAAUUAUUUAGUAAAAUUUAAUAUAUUAAUCGGUUUAAAUAUGUUUUGGACGAAGAAUGUGAUAUUGGCCGUUAUUGGUGGCGUGUUCCUGAACUUCGUGCUAGCCAUUCACCUAACAUGGACCUCGCCGGUGCUACCGAAACUGACGGACCCGGCCCGCAGCCCCUUCGGCAGAGCCAUCACCAAGGAUGAGGCCAGCUGGAUAGCGUCGAUUUUCACCAUCGGUUCGAUAUUAGGCUCGCAGAUUUGGAACUACAUGGCCGAGAAGGCCGGUAAAAAACUCGCGUUGCUCUUCUCCGCCGUGCCGUGCUUCCUCUCCAACGUCAUCAUCUACUACACCACCUCGGUGGAGUUGUACAUUUUCGCCAGGUUUUUGGUAGGUUUGUCGGUGGGGUCGCUGUUCAUUUACCCCAUCUACAUAGCGGAGUUGCUGCACAAAAACCUGAGGGAAAUCAUCGCCACGGUGUGCUCGUGCGGCGUCUGUUCGGGGAUUUUGUUUUCAAAUUCCGUAGGGCCCUUCGUCAGCAUUCAAACGUUCAGUUUGAUUUUGGGCAGCAUAACGGCCGUGUUCCUGGUGUUUUUUAUAAUUUUCGGCCAAGAAGUGCCGCACUUUUACAUAAGGAAGAACCACGACGUCCGCGCCAGACGAGUCCUGCAAGAUUUGCGAGGAGGAUACGAGGAUAUAGACGAGGCUUUCGACGAGAUCCGACGCAGAUACGACGAAGAGAAAUCGGGAACUUUAAAGGAUUUGUUCGUAUCGAAAUCGUCGAUCAAAGCUUUCUUUAUUUGUAUAUCAUUGAUGUUGUUUCAUCAAUUUUCUGGGAAUAAUUUGAUUCUGAUAUACGGGGAAAGCAUGAUCCGUAACAUAGACCCGGAAUUAUCUUCGGAUAUUUCCAUGAUUUUACUGAGUGUUGUUGUAUUUAUUACUAGUCUUAUAGCGCCGCCGCUUUGCAUGAGAUACCGCAAAAGGAUGCUGCUGAUAUUUUCUGCGAUGGGAAUGUUCCUGGCCGAAUGCGUGUUGGGCGUCUACAUUUAUUAUCAGAAAUAUUACGAAUUACCGAAGUCUUUAGCGGGCGUACCGUUGACUUGUUUAACAAUGUUCAUUACUGCUCACGGAUUCGGAUUCGGCCCGUUGCCGUUCGUUAUUCUAGGGGAAAUAUUUCCCAAUAGAGUCAAGGCGAUCGCGUCGUCUGUGAUCAGCCUGAUCCUAGGCAUAGUUGGGUUCCUUAUGAGCAAGUAUUUUCUUUUCGUUACCGACGCUAUCGGCAUGUCCGGGUUCUUUUUCUGUUGCGCCUUUUCCUGUUUGGCGGCGGCGAUUUUUACUAAAUGUUGCGUCAUAGAGACGAAAGACAAAAGUUUGGAGCAAAUCCAAUACGAAUUGUCGUUGUGAAUGUUGUUAUUUUAACAAAUUUGGCAGGACCAAAUUGUACUUUGUGUGUGUUUUUAUAGUAAAUAGAGGAUUGUUUGAAUUCCUGUGGGGGCAACAAAACAUUUUUGUUUUUGAGGUCUCUGCUGUUCAAGCAGUAUUCUAAAACGAUAACAUUUUUGUAAUGUUGAGUAUGUGCAAAUGUAGAGUUAUAUUCAAUUUUUUAAUCUUCUGAGUGGAUACUAAAAAAUAUUUUUCUGCAUUGUUUAUUGUUUAUUGUAUUUAUUAAGUUUAGUGAAGUUAUAAAUAAUACCAAAGUUAUUUUAAAAAGUAGGUAGGUACAUUAGAGUAUUCCUAACAUCUCCAAUUUUUAAUGCAACUAACUUUAUAAUUGUAAUACUGUUUGGUAAUUCAUUAUUACUCUCAAAAAUACUCUAUGUAGGUAAUUAGUAAGUGAAAUUAUUUAUUAUAUUACAAAU